AUGGCCCUGCGAUGGCUUGCGGCCGCCGCCCUCCCUGCUGCCGCCGCGGCCGCUGCAUCCUGCGCGGCCGAGGGCGGCAACCAGACGGUGAACAUCACCUUCUUCAGCAGGCAGAACAAGAAGAAGCGGCAAACUCUGCAUCAACUCUCUGAAGUUCAGGACAUCCAGGUCUUCGAGAAGGACGCCUGGGCCUCUCCCGAGCUCCUCAAGGAGCCGAUGGUCGUCCUGCGCUCUGCAGAACUCCGCAGCACAAGCCAGGUGGUCGCCGCACAGCUCCGGACCGUCUUAGACGAGGUCGCCCUGGAGCCGGGUGAGCUGGUGGACAUGCUCGAGGAGAACUUCAAGAAGUUCUUCGACCCCGAAACCGAGCAGCUUUACACCGGGCGCAAGCGGCAGAAAACGAAGCCCAUAAUGUGGAUGCUGAAAGUCAUCCUCCAGCCCUUGAUGGAAGAGGUAAAGGCGGCGCUCGCCCAGAGCCUCUUCCCUUGCAAUGCGAGCAUGAUCCACUGCGGGAUCUGGGACUGGUACCUGCGGGGCUAUGCCAACGAGGUGCGAAAGCACCAAGAGCUGGAGUGGCAGGAGGACCCUUCGAACUACUUCGGGGGCAUGCACGUCGAUGGCAAGCUCAUGCUUGGCGAUUCAAGCAGGGAAGCCGAAGACAUCUGGGGCAUCAGCCAGCCCAACACCACGCUGAACACGCCCGGCGCUGGCUGGUGGAACAUCUGGGUGCUGCUGAGUCCAGAGAUCGGGAAGCAGACGUUGGUGCUGCUGGAUCCCAGGACGUGGAAUGUGACUGCCUUCCUGGAGCACGACCGGCCGUUCGUCUGGCCGGAGCGCGACCUGAAAGACCUGAAGGCGCAGCCCUGGAAGGCGCCCCUCUCGAUGCAGAUGGGCGACCUCCUGGCUUUUCACAGCUUCGAGGUCGCCCAUGGAGCCGGGCAGCUCACGGACGUUGACAGCGACGCGGUCCGCCUCAGCCUCGAUGCACGCUGCCACUGCGCGGAAUUUUCCAACCGGCCGGUUCGAACCCGCCGGGGCGAGAUUUGUGCUCCGGUCUGGUUCUACGGAGGGCAAGCUCAACAUGGCUGCCAGAGGAUCGGCUCCGACGAGCCCUGGUGCGUCAUCUACAGACAGGCCGACGAGGCGGGGGCAGGCUGCAUUCUGAAGAAUGACACGCUCUGCGCCUACCCUUGUGAUGCCGAAGAAGAAUGCUCGCUCCAGUCCUUCGAUUACUGCGGAUGA